AUGACGACGCUAUCAGAUACUUCUGAUUGUAAUGAAAAUGAACAUGACAUAAUAGUUCAAUAUGAAAAUCAAGAAUCAGAGGAAGAUCAAGAUAUUAUUCAACAAAAGUCAGAUUUGGAAAAUGAAGAAAGUAAAGAAGAGAAUAUUGUAAAAAGAAUUGAUCCAUCAACUUCAUCUAAAAAACAUAUAGUAAGAAAUCCUUUGCCUAAAUUAAAUACAGAACGGUUAAAGGGUCCUAAAGGAAUUCAUACUAUUGAAAAAUAUUUUGAAGGCUUUAAAUAUUAUGAAAAAGGAUAUGAAAAAUUAGAUUUGGAUAGAAUUAUGAAAAGAUUAGAACAUUGGGGACAUAGAUUAUUUCCUAAAUUAGAUUUUGAUGAUUUUCUUGAAAGAUUAGAAAAAUUAGGUACUAAAAAGGAUCUUCAAGUGUUUAUAAAGAAAUAUAGACAAGAUAUGAUCAAUGAAGAUAUUGAUAUUAUUAACCAGAAUAAUAAUAUAGAUAUAGAAGAAAAUAAAGAACAAAAUGAACCUAUUGAUGAAUUUGAUUUAUUGAUUGCAGAACAAAUAGAAAAACAAAAACAAGUUAUGCAACAAUCUUCAUUUAAUAUAGCUGCAACUAAUAAUGAUGCAUUUGAUAAGUUAUUAUCAGAAUCUAAUACUGCAAAUUCUUUGUUUACAACUAAUACUUCUAAUACUUCUAAUUCUUCACAAUUAAGUAAUGAAAUAAAAGAACGUAUAGAAAAAAAUAGGCAACAAGCUAUCCAAAGAAGACUUGCAAAACUUAAAGAAGUGCAAGAAAAAAAUUAAAUAAAAAAUCUUUAAAAAGUUAGAACUUAAUAAUUUAACUUAAUAAUAACAAUUUUUUAUCUACAGUUAAUAUUUAAUUUUUCACAAUUCAAUAAUAAGAUAAAAAAACAUAUAAAAAUAAAUCAGAAAAGUUAUCCAAAAAAGAUUGUAAAAUUUAAAGAAAUAUAAAAAAAAACUAAAUGAAAGUUUGAAAAAGUUAAAAUUGCACAAUCAGAAAAUAGUAAAUUAUAUAAUUAUAUAUUAAAAAAUAAAUACUUUAAAAAAAUAAUGAUCUAAGAAUAUAAAUAUUAUAUAUAACUUGUAAAAAAUUCAUUAAGGAAUUUUAUAUUCUUUAAAAGUAUUGAUGUAGCAAUUAGAAAAAAAAAUAUGUUAAAUAUAUUAUUUAUUAUAGAUUUUUGAAGAAUACUUCUUAGAUUUUUAUGUAAUGUGAAAUAAAUAAAGAGAUCAUAAUAUAAA